AUGGAUGCAAUUACAUUCAAUGAGCGAUGCCUGGAAGAUGACUACUACUACACAUUAGGUUGCGAUGAUUCCUCCAGUGUUGACCAAAUAUUAACCGAAUACAAACACAGAGUAUUACGUUGUCAUCCUGAUAAGAAUCCAUAUGACAAGUCCACUACUCAGUUUCAAAAACUUCAGGAAGCUAAGGAGGUGCUCUGUGACCCAGAAAAGCGAAAUGAUUAUGACAGAUGGAAAACAAGUGGAAUAACAAUUUCACACAAGCAA